GGCAUUUAUCGAGCUUCUGACGCCUUCUUUCCGUUGAUCAUAAAAAUCGGUACCUAGGUAGUAUAAAUUUUUGCCCUCAGGGUUAAGGCAACCAUCCUCUUCGAUGGCGAGCGCAAAAGCAAGCGCUUCUUCUUCGUCUUCCACAGGAGCUCAGCCGAUGAGGAGGCCGGGUUAUGGCCAACAGGGAACGCCUGUCCGCCUCACCUGUAACCAUUUUGCCGUGACGCUCUCUCGAGGAAUGGAUGUAGCGCAAUACAACGUGAAGAUAUCAUAUGCUGAUGAUCCCAACGACAAGGUUCUCGUCGAGAAAGGGGCGAACCGCCGAGUAAUGGACAAGGUCCGGGCCGAGCUUGGAAAAAAACUCAUUUUUGACGGAGAGAAUACGGCGUACGUGCUCGGCGAUCUCUCUUUCGGCGACAAGGAAAUGGAAGUCACGCUCGACAAAGCAAUGGGAGCAUCUUCCUCGUCUGGGGGCCCCGCGAAAAAGAGAAGAGCGGAUGCCAGCUCUUACAUGGUGAGGAUCAAGUUCUCAACCAAAGUGGACUUGGGCAUCCUUAUGAGGAAGGAAGAUCUUCAUUUGUCUCGGGCGCAAGAUGCAUUGAGGGUCCUUGACGUUCUUGUUCGCGAACAAGCCGCCAGAAGGGAGUACGUUUUACUGCGUGAGAGCUACUUUCAUCAGUCCCUUGGUCCAGUAAAAGAUGUUGGAGAAGGGGUGGAAAGCUGGAGUGGCUACCACGCUAGCUUCCGACCUUGUUCUCUGGGAUUAUCACUGAACUUGGAUCCGUCGACAACAAUCGUCAUCAAGCCCCAGUUGGUGCACGAAUUUCUUGCGGAGUAUUUCGAUACAUCUCCAGGAGGCAUUCGUGCCGAUCACUUGACCCGGGCGAAGAGAGUGCUGAAGGGAAUCGUGGUGCAAGUUUACACUAAGACGAGGCACAAAAUAUUCGGUUUUAGCGAUGAACCAGCAUCCUCUCAAAGGUUUGAAUUGAAAGAGAAAGGAGCCGAUGGCACGUUUAGACUGAAUUCAACGACAGUUCUUCAGUACUAUCAAGCUAGAUACAACGAAACCUUGCAAUUCCCCAAUUUGCACUGUGUCAACGUAGGGAAAGCCACGCGAGCAGUUUAUGUACCGAUGGAGUUCUGUUCGAUUCUGCCUGGACAACGGUAUAAAAGAAAACUGAGCGGGAAUCAGAUUCGCAGGCACCUUGACCAAGCACGACUGCUGCCGAGUGAUCGUGCUAAUGUGAUCAACUCGGGCAUUACGCAACUACUGUCAAAUUCAAGCGUGGAAUUGCAGUCCCUCAACGUCAAGGUUGACAGCAAAAUGAUGUCAGUUCAAGGACGUGUUCUUCCGGCGCCAUUGCUCAAGUUUGGACACCGGGACGUACCAGUCCAGGCUGGGAGGUGGAACUACAACCGCGAUACCGUCGCCCGAGCUGCCCUUCCUGUCAAGGAGUGGAUUGUUGUUUGCUUUAACCGCAGAAAGAAUCCUUUCAGCCAUCAAGACGUUUCUCGGAUUGCUAACCAGUUGAAGGAAUGUUGCGUGCAGAAGGGCAUGGCUGUUGAGAAUCCCGGUCUAGUGUUGGUAGAAGAUCCAAGCUUCUCUGAGCAUCCAGGUUGGGAAAGGGUGGAUAUGAUGGUUGCCAAGAUGCGGAAGAAUAAUCCUAAUCCCGGUCGUCGUCCGGGGUUCGUUCUCUGUCUUCUUCCGAGCAAGGAAUCGGAUGCCUACGCGCCAUUCAAACGACUCUUUUUGACGAAAGAAGGAAUUCCGAACCAGUGCAUAGCGCCCCAGAGGAAUCCCAACAAUCAAUACCUGACGAACGUCGUUUUGAAGAUGAAUGCAAAGUUAGGGGGCUACAACACGGUUUUAACUAGUGAAUUUAAGAAAGAAUUGCCAAAGCUUUCAUAUGCUCAAACCAUGAUCUUGGGAAUGGACGUGUCGCAUGGAUCUCCAUUUUCCCACACCCCGUCGGUCGCGGCUAUGGUUGGCUCUUUUGACUGGCCAAGGAUUACGAGGUACUCCGCUCGCGUGAUGGCGCAAUCGGCAAAACAGGAAGCGUUCGCCAACAUUCCAUCGAUGCUGGAGAGCCUCCUGAAGAACUUUAAGAACUUCCAGGGCGAGAAGGGUUGCUACCCUCAGCAAUUGAUUGUGUUCAGAGAUGGAGUGAGUGAAUCCCAGUUUGAGAGCGUCCUCACCGGGGAACUGCAAGACAUCAUCAAGACUUGCGAAGGUCUCGGCAUCAGGCCGAAGAUAACUCUGGUUGUAGCACAGAAAAGGCACCAUACGCGUUUCUUGCCGGUGGGGCAGCAGAAAAAGAAUGUCGAACCUGGGACCGUUGUGGACCGCGACGUCGCACAUCCUACGAAUUUCGACUUCUUCCUGUGCAGUCACUUCGGCAUGCUCUUUGUUCCAGGGAACAAGCAGGCCGACACACUACAUCGUGCUCUACGACGAGAUUGGUUUCACGCCGGACGAGAUCCAAAUGACCAUCAACAAUCUGUGCUACACCUACGUCAAGAGCACGACAGCAGUAUCAGUGGUUGCGCCGAUCAACUACGCGCAUCUGGCCGCGAAGAAAAUGAAGAACUUUAUGUCGCUGGACGGCUCCGAGACGGGGUCACUUUCAUCCGCCGCUACCAGAGAGUCAGCACCGCCGGCCCCGGUUUUGCCAGAGCUCCAGGGCAACGUCGCCAACACUAUGUUCUUCGUCUAGGAGAGAGGAAGGAAUCAAAGAGCUCGCGCGCUGCGGUACAGAGUUUCUCGUUUUUUUUACUAAAGCAUUCCACUGCGAGAGAUUAUAGCAGGCAAAGCUUGGAAUUUUUCAUUCCAAGAGAUUUUCUGCGUGGAGAAGUCCACAGCAACAUCGGGUUUUACAUAUUUAUAUAGAAGGGAAGGUGCGAUGAAAAGAAUGGCGGCUUUUCUUUACAUGCUUUCGAGAA